UACAAAAUCUCGCGGGACUUGGAUCGGGUGUUGUAGCGCUUAAACGUGUUGCUCCGUCUAUUUCCCGACGUGCAGGAGUUGAGCAGACACGCGCUGCGUGCUGCUGAAGAGAUUCAACAAUCAUGGUGUUGUUGCACGUGUUAUACGAGCAUGCGUCGGGCUACGCGCUGUUCGCCAUCAAGGAGGUGGAGGAGAUCGGUAUGCUGUUGCCACAGGUGGAGGAGAGUGUGCUCAGCAUUGGAAAAUUUAACAGCAUGGUGAGCCUGGCUGCCUUCUUCCCCUUCAAGUCGGCCCAGGCUGCUCUUGAGAACAUGAAUGCUAUCUCUGAAGGUGUGGUUCAUGCUGAUCUGAAGUUGUUCCUUGAGACAAACCUGCCUCUCUCUGGGAAGAAGAAAGCUGUUUUAGGGGUUUUAGAUGCCAAGAUUGGAGCAGCUUUACAGGAAGAAUUCACUAUUUCCAUCCAGACUGGCGGUGUGGUGGCAGAAAUUGGCAGAGGUGUGCGUCUGCACUUUCACUCUCUGGUGAAGGGUCUGACUGCUCAGGCUGCCUCUAAAGCUCAGCUGGGUCUAGGCCACAGCUACUCCAGAGCCAAGGUCAAGUUUAAUGUCAACAGAGUUGACAACAUGAUCAUCCAGUCCAUUGCUCUGUUGGAUCAGCUGGACAAAGACAUCAACACAUUCUCCAUGCGUGUUCGUGAAUGGUACGGCUAUCAUUUCCCAGAGCUGAUCAAGAUUGUGCCAGAUAACUCGAUGUACUGCAGACUCGCUCAGCUCAUUGGAAACAGGAAAGAAUUGUCAGAGGAGAGUCUGGAGAGCCUGGAGGAGGUAGUGAUGGACAGCGCCAAGGCUCAAGCCAUCCUGGAUGCGUCACGCUCCUCUAUGGGUAUGGACAUUUCCCCCAUUGACCUGAUCAACAUAGAGAGGUUCUCUGACCGUGUGGUGUCUCUGGCUGCAUACCGGCUGGAGCUGCAGGAGUACCUGAGAUCCAAGAUGAGCCAGGUGGCUCCAAAUCUAGCAGCCUUAAUUGGAGAAGUGGUGGGAGCUCGUCUCAUCUCUCAUGCUGGCAGUCUAACCAACCUGGCCAAGUACCCGGCCUCCACCGUUCAGAUCCUGGGAGCAGAAAAGGCCCUGUUCAGGGCCCUAAAGACGCGUGGCAACACCCCAAAGUAUGGACUGAUCUUCCACUCCACUUUCAUCGGACGAGCUGCCGCCAAGAACAAAGGGCGCAUCUCCAGAUAUCUGGCAAACAAGUGCACCAUUGCCUCACGUAUUGACUGUUUCUCUGAGGUGCCAACAAGUGUGUUUGGUGACAAGCUGCGUGGUCAGGUGGAAGAGCGUUUGUCUUUCUAUGAGACAGGCGAAGUGCCGAGGAAGAACGUGGAUGUCAUGAAAGAUGCUGUGAAAGAGGCGACUGAUGUUGCAGCUGAGAUCAAGAGGAAAUUGGAGAAGAAAGAAAAGAAACGCAAGAAGAAGGAAAAGAAGUUACAAGAAGCAAAUGGUGACACCAAUGGGGAAGCUGAGGAGGAGAAUGGAGAGGUAGAAACCCCUGUGACAAAGAAGAAAAAGAAGAAGCAGGCAGCAGAGGAGAUGGAGGUCGAAGCAGAGGAGACUAUAGCUGCAGAAAACGGAGCGGAGGACACCCCGGCCAAGAAGAAAAAGAAGCGGAAGUCGGAGGAGGCCACAGAUAAUGGGGGAGAGGAAACAGAAACUCCAUCCAAAAAGAAAAAGAAACAAAAGACUGAAGCUGUAGAAGCUGAACCAGAAGAGAUCCCAGAGACCCCUGUGUCUGAGAAGAAAAAGAAAAAGAAGAAAAAAGAGGCUGCAGAGUAGAGAGGUCAAAGACUGGAGCUUUAUUUUUGUGUACAGUUUAUUUUUAUUCAUUAAACUCUUAAUCUGACGCUAGGUCACUUAAGCAGCUUUAAGUUGUCCGGUUUUUAUUUGGUAACCUCAAAGAAGGUGAUAUGACAAAGAAAUGCUUCUGAUCGUGCCUUGUAGUCACUGAAAUGUACCUGUUCUGUAAAUACAUUGUAUGAAUGAAACCUUUUGUUAAAUAAAAACAUCUCCUCUGUCA